AUGGGACGAGGGGAGACAUGGAUUUCUAGUCGCACAUACAAUUGGGGUAAGUUUAGCGUUGACGUGAUAACAAAUGCAUACAGCGGAGCAGUGUCCUGCGAGCUCCGGGUAGACAAAUUCUGCACAAGCUUAAAGAAGCCUGACACACACAUUCACACCAAAGUCGGGGCUGGUCAAUUGCGUUUAGCGUGGUGCGAGCGAGCUAAGCUUGACCUACGUGUGAAAGGGUUAAUUGGGGAGAGUGGGGGUAGGAAUAUGUUAGUGAGUGGGAUUUUGAUGCAGAAUAAGAGUGGGAUUUUAGUUGAGGGAAACGGACAUUGGAGAAGGAAGGGAAACUUGGGUUGGGACACGUCACCACUGGCAGCUGGAACAUGGAACCUAUAA